AUGGUUCUAUACAGGGAGGGACUCAAUGUCCUCUAUUUGGCCGAUGGGGGCCUGACUCAGCCCCGACCGUACGCCUGGCGGAAUAGCUCCAUCUUACAGGCCCGGCGGAAGGAUAGCAGAUCUUGUCGAGCCCUGGUCUCAUUUGACAGAGCGUUCCACCAGGGAAGAAGAUUAAUGAGGCCAUUUGCCCAGAAAUUACACGAGAAUGGCAUUCUCUUUUCCUGGGGAUAUCCAACUACUAUUCUGAUCUACAGAGAUGGCAAACUUCUGAGAGCCAGGAAUCCACCAAAAGCUGAGAAACUACUUCAAAGACUUAAAAUAGAAUAUACAGCUCAAGAGGAUGAUGAAGAGGAAGAGCAAGAAGAAGAAGAGCAAGAAAUGGACCCACAUGAGAACUUCAAGACAAUCCCCCAAAAUUUCAGUCGCUAUCCAUACGCGCCAGUGAGAAAGAACUAUCAGCAUUUCUUGGCCUUCAUUUUUGCUGUUGAUGAGAUCAAUAAGGAUCCCAAACUUUUACCCAAUAUUACUCUGGGGUUCCAGAUCUAUGAUAACAUCUACCAAAAUAAAUUAAACUAUGGUAUCACUUUGUCCUUGCUGUCUACACAAAAAGAAAGCAUCCCUAAUUUCAAAUGUGGAAGACAACACAAGAAGUCAGCUGUCAUUGGAGGGCUCAGCUCUGAAGCUUCCAUCCAGGUAGCCUCCAUCUUAGACUUCUACAAAAUCCCACAGCUCAAUUAUGGCUCAAGUCACCCAGUGCUGAGUGAUAAAACCCAGUUUCCUUUUUUAUACCAAAUGGUACUCCACAAAACUGCUCAAUUGGAAGGGUUUGUGCACUUAAUACAGUAUUUCAGGUGGAUGUGGAUUGGCCUCAUAGUUGCAGAUGAUGAAAACGGAGAAGAGUUUGAGCAAAGCUUUAAAUCAGUACUCAGUAGGAACGGCAUCUGUGUUGCAUUCACAAACAAGGUUCCUUCAAUCCUUUUCCCGGGAUUUGAUAAAUCAAAAUCUACACAGAGUUUAAUUUUCCUUCAAGAUGCUCUGGCAGGGCUCACUACAACAAAAGCCAAUGUGAUUGUUGCAUACGGAGACACUUAUUCCUUAUAUGGUAUACAAGCUCAGCUAAUGAUUCAUGAAAGAUCUAUGAAAACCAACAUAGACAAGGUGUGGAUCACAACUUCCCAGUGGGAUUUUACCACAAGCAUUUUUCUGAAGGACUGGGAUGUCAAAUACUUCCAUGGUUCUUUGUCUAUAGCAAUCCACAAAAACAACGUGCCUGGAUUUCAGCGUUUUAUUGAGACCCUAAAUCCUUUUCAGUAUCAAGAUACACUUUUUUUCAAAAUAUUUUGGCAUGAUGCAUUUGGGUGUACAAUUCCAAAUCGCUAUGGCACCGAAUUCAAAGACACAUAUUGUACCGGGGAAGAAAAACUGGAGAGUCUUCCAGAGACUGUGUUUGAAAGGAGCAUGUCUAGCCAGAGCUACAGUAUCUAUAAUGCAGUCUACUCCUUGGCACAUGCUUUGCAUUAUCUUCACUCACUGAGGAAAACUGUGAGGAUAGAAAUACUUAAAUCUGGUGAUGAUGACCCUCAGAUGUCGCUGCCAAGGGAGACAUUGCCCGAUUCAAUAUGCACUGAGAGAUGCUACCCUGGAUCCAACAGAAAAGUUCGCGAGGGAGAACCAUCCUGCUGCUAUGAUUGUUUCCAAUGUCCAGAAGGAGCAAUUUCAAAUGAGAGUGAUGCAUAUCAAUGUGACAAGUGCCCAGAAGAAGAACAUCCAAACAAGAAUCAAAGCCAAUGUAUUCCUAAAGCAAUAACUUUUCUAGCCUAUGAUGAACCGUUAGGGAUUAGUUUGUCAGUUGCUGCGUUUUCUUUUUGUCUAAUCACAACACUGGUGCUUGGAACUUUUAUUAAAUACCGAAACACACCCAUUGUCAAAGCCAAUAAUCAGAAUCUUACCUUCCUUCUUCUAAACUCCCUCUUGCUUUGCUUCCUUAGUUCCUUCCUGUUCAUUGGGCAACCCAACAAGAUGACCUGCCUUCUUCGACAAGUUGCCUUUGGCAAUGUCUUUUCUUUUGCACUUUCUUGUGUCUUGGCCAAAACUAUCACUGUGAUUUUAGCAUUCAUGGCUACAAAUCCAGGGAACAAUAUGAGGAAAUGGUUGGGGAAAACUCUCUCCGGCUACAUUAUCUUUGCCUGCUCUCUUAUUCAAAUUGGCAUCUGUACUGUCUGGCUCAGUACUUUCCCACCAUUCCCAGACCUUAACAAGUUUGCAGAGCCAGAACAAAUCAUAGUUGAAUGCAAUGAGGGCUCAAGUACCAUGUUUUACAUUGUCUUUGGUUACAUGGGCUCUCAGGCCAGUGUCAGCUUCAUGGCGGCCUUUCUAGCCAGGAAGCUGCCUGACACUUUCAAUGAGGCCAAGUUUAUCACCUUCAGCAUGCUGGUGUUCUGCAGUGUCUGGGUCUCCUUUCUUCCAACCUACCUGAGCACCAAGGGGAAACACAUGGUGGCUGUGGAGAUCUUCUCUAUCUUGGCUUCCAGUGCUGGGUUACUGGGUUGUAUUUUUGCCCCUAAAAUGUACAUUAUUUUUCUGAGGCCAGGCAUGAACACCAGAGACCAGUUCUUUAAGAAAAAAAGAUGA